UAGGGUGCUAAUUGGCAAUAGGAGUGCUCAAAAACUACGGAAAGGGAUAAAAUUAGGGAUUUGGAUGGCAGGUUUGCAGAGAUCUGCAGUUUCGUUCAGGAGACAGGGCUCCUCGGGAUUGGUUUGGGACGACAAAUUCCUGUCCGCCGAAUUGAAUCACCACGCCGACCAACACAAAAUCACCGACGACGCACCUCAGUCAGAGGACGGCGCAGCCAGGAAUCCGUCUCCGCUCACCGGAUUGGCGAUCGAGAGGAGUAGAUCCAACGGAGGACGCGGAUUUCGGACCGGAAGAGUGUCUCCGGCGGUAGAGCCGCCGUCGCCGAGAGUUUCCGCCUGUUGCUUCUGCACUGCGCUCGCGAAAGAUAACAACACGCGCCGCCGGCCGCCGAAGUCUGCAAAGCGCGUGGUGUGAGUGCUCUUUGUGAAAUCGCUUCUCUGCGGCGUCGGAGGGGAACUGGACGCAGUGCGCGGCGGCGUAAUGCGCUCACACGGCGAUCUCGAUGAAAUCGAGGUAGGAAAUUCAUUUUAGUUGUGCUGCUUGUUUGAUUUUAGCCUCUCUGGUAUAUAUCCAUAUAUAUAUACACAUAUAUAUAUACUCUUCCUUACUGUGAUUUAUGCUGCAGUGCGUAUAAUUUCUCCUUUUCCUUUAAUCUAUACGCUUGUUCUUCAGUUUGUGUAAAAUAUCUGUUCCUAUGGUUGUUAUAAUCCAAAAGAUUUGGCACUUCCAUUUCUGUAUAAAUCCAAUUCUUCUAUAUGCAAACAUUUACAUCCUCUCUGCAAAAACACCUGUUCAAAUUGGCUUUAGGAUUUUGUAAUUUGGGGAAACGACAGGAUAAAUGGUUAAUAUUCCAAAUGAUGAAAUG